AUGGGCAACCACUGCUCCUCUACCAACCAGGCUACGCAAUCCAUCACCGGAUCCCGGUCCGCCAAAGCCAUCGCCAUCGAUCCUUCGGAGCUCCUACGCGGCCCCCUCACAAUCCACACGGGUCACGUAGGACCCAUCCGUCCUCCCAUCGCCAACCCCCGAGUCAGGCAAAUCAGCAUUCCCAAACGCCUCCACAUCAUCACCCACCUCACCCUCACUUCCCACUCCCGGUCCAUCUGCGCCUCACUCCCCUCCGUCAUCCUCCCUAAUCUCGUCACGCUCCGCAUACAGCCCGGAUACGACGAGAACCACGGUGGACUCUGCCAUCACCAGUAUGAGGGCCCCAGCGCGGAUGGCGGGUGCUGUCGCCUCAUCGCUGAGCUCCGGCCAUCGCGGCUGAUCCUGGGCGGCGUGACGACCCAUACGAUCGGAAGCGGCAAGGGACUCUGGUCCGGCGGGAUCCCCGGCAGUAUGAAGGAACUCAUCAUCCUCAUUGGGAUAUUCGCGGGCAAUCCUGACGCUACGUCGUACCAGCCCUCCCUCCUGGACCACCUCCCCUCCACGCUCGACAAGCUCACCUUCGUCCUCUCCAUGGCUAGCGCUGGCAACGUCCUCCCUCCCUUCCCGGACAUGGACGCUCGGUGGAACAGGCACUACAUGGCCCAGUCCAUCUUCAAGGUGUGCGGCGGUCUGGAGGGGGGACAAGCCGUCGAGAUUGUCGGCGCGGAGAAUAUCGAUAGCUGUUAUCCCGAGGAGGAUGGCCGAGAGGACGCCGACGCGGGCAAGGAGCACGGGGAUUACGUCUGGUACUUGUGGAAGAAUAUGGCGCGGGCGCUGCAGGAGAUGGGAUGUAGUAGGGAGGAGGCGAGGGCGAGGAGGGAUAGAGUUACUUAUAGCUGGACAAGAGAUUAUCAGCAGAGGGAGGACUGGCUCGAGGCGGCAUUGAAUGAGUGGGAUGUGGGGACCAUGGCGAGCAAGUUCAGGUGUGGCGUGCCGGGGUUGCGUUACGGGGGCAAGGAAGGAAGCUGA